UACUCUUAUGAGAUUCGCAAUUCUGGUUGACAUUUGAGGUGCUGUUUAGGGAUUCGAUGAUGACGAAAUCACAAAGAAGGUAUCAGAUUACCGUAAACUUUUGCUGAGCCAGCUUGAGUCUGGAGAGCUCAAUUUGGACGCUGAGCUCGGUUCACGCGACUCUCACGCUCGUGCAAAAGCAGCAGCACAGAAUCGAGAUCGCAUGAGAGAUGCUCUUGGAUUAGAAAAGGAUUAUGUCCCUGGUUCAUCGAUGAAAAACAUCAAAAAAACGGAUGUAGUAGGAGCAGCUCUAGCUGCCCCUGUUCAAAAAACUGAAGAGAGUCUUCUUUCUACGCUGAAGACGGAGCUGAAGGAAAAAUCAGCUAAGGAUAAGACAUUUGUUACUUAUUUAUCGGUACCAACUGUCAUAAGUUCAGAAAAGGAAAAAACAUCGUCAGGAAAGUAG